AUGUCGGAGUACAAUGCCGUAACGCCACCCGGCUCAGCGGCCCCUUCCGGUGGCGGGCAGGCGGCUCUUGGGAACGGUGAUGGAGGCAUCAAGAAGGAUGCGUUUGCGGACGCGGUGCAGCGGGCCCGGCAGUUGAGUUGGGCCCACGAUGUGCCUUUUUCAAACCAGAUUGCAGCUAAGAUUGGGGGUGAUUCUGGUCCUGCCCUGACCCACACAGCAGCUCUAGAUGGUUUUCCCUUCACCGGACAGAAGCGGCAGCUGGAAGAUGCGGAUGAACCGGAGAGCAAGAAGCUGGCUUCACAGAGUGACUUGGAAUCAGCCAAAGCUCUCUCCAUCAGCACGCAGUUAGCCGCUCUGGCACAACCAAGACCCACCUCUACCUCAGAGGAGUACAGCGUUCCAGACAGUAUGGUGGGACUCAUUAUUGGCCGGGGAGGUGAACAAAUCAAUAAGAUCCAGCAGGAGUCAGGUUGCAAGGUCCAGAUAGCUCCAGACAGCGGAGGCCUUCCAGAGAGGAGUGUCUCUCUCUCAGGGUCCAUCGACUCCAUACAGAAAGCCAAGAGGUUAUUGGAUGAUAUAGUGUCACGGGGAAGGGGAACGCCCCCCUCUUCGUACCAUGAGUCCACCAACGGGCAGAAUGGUACAGUUCAUGAAAUGAUGAUCCCUGCUGGCAAGGCUGGCCUCGUCAUUGGCAAGGGUGGAGAGACCAUCAAACAGCUGCAGGAGCGCGCUGGGGUGAAGAUGAUCCUGAUCCAGGAUGCCUCUCAGGGACCGAAUAUUGACAAGCCUCUGCGCAUUAUUGGAGACCCCUACAAAGUGCAGCAAGCCCAGGAGAUGGUGGAGGAGAUUCUGCGGGACAGGGAUCAGGGCGGCUUCAGUGAAAGGACUGAAUUCAGCUCCCGGAUGGGUGGAGGCAUGGAUAUUUCAGUCCCGCGACACUCGGUCGGAGUGGUCAUCGGGCGCAAUGGGGAUAUGAUCAAGAAAAUCCAGAAUGAUGCUGGAGUCAGGAUACAGUUCAAACAAGGCAUGUUUGGCUACAAACACCUCCAUUUAAUUGUAUAUAAUCAAUGGUUUAAAGAACACUAUGAUGGAACUGGUCCGGACAAGAUUGCUCACAUCAGUGGUCCGCCUGACUGCUGCGAACACGCGUCACAGAUCAUCAACGACCUGCUGCAGAGCAUCAGGUUCAGGGAGGAGGGACAGGGGGGUCCCCCGGGGCCUCCAGGCACAGCUGCUGGCAGCAGGGGCCGAUCCGGGGGCCAAGACUGUUGGGGACCCCCUGGAGGUGAAAUGACCUUCUCCAUUCCAGCCCACCAGUGUGGGCUUGUGAUUGGCCGUGGAGGAGAAAAUGUGAAGUCCAUCAACCAGCAGACAGGAGCCUUUGUGGAAAUCUCUCAACAGCUGCCCCCCAACGGAGACCCAAACUUCAAACUGUUUAUCAUCAGGGGGUCACCGCAGCAGAUUGACCACGCCAAACAGCUCGUGGAAGAGAAGAUCGAGGGUCCUUUGUGUCCUGUGGGCCCAGGGCCAGGUGGACGAGGUGGACCUGGUCCUGGUGGUCCAAUGGGUCCUUACAACCCUAAUCCAUACAACUCUGGUCACCCUGGGGCUCCUGGACCACCCCAUGGUGGUCCUCCAGGCCCUCACCAGUACACCCCUCCAGGCUGGAGCAACACCUACCAGCAGUGGCAGCCGCAGCCAUCCAGUGACCCCAGCAAGGCAGCAGCCAAUGACCCCAAUGCAGCCUGGGCGGCGUACUAUGCCCAGUACUACCAGCAGCCAUCAGGGGCUGUGCCAGCGCAGUACCCUGCAAACCCAGCUGGAGGUGCCCAAACUUCAGGGGAUCAAACCCAGGCCGCACAGGCACCGGGGGGACAUCCAGAUUAUACCAAGGCCUGGGAGGAUUACUACAAGAAAAUGGCUCAGGCAGGUGGCCCAGCCCCUGGGUCAGCAGCUCCAGCUCCAGCAGGGGGAGCAGCAUCCACAGGGGCGGGUCAGCCAGACUACAGCGCCGCCUGGGCAGAGUACUACAGGCAGCAGGCCGCAUACUAUGGCCAGACAGGACAGGGACCCAACCAGCCAGUCACCCCUCAGCCUGGACAGGUUGGUAUGGAGAAUAGGCUUUGUCCAUGGUAG